GCGCGAACGUGGACCAACGCACCAUGGCGACCGCCGAGGCAGCUUUGGGGUCGUUGGUAGCGGGUCUCUACGACGUUCAGGCUUUCAAGUUUGGGAACUUCGUGCUGAAGAGCGGGCUCUCUUCCCCUAUCUACGUAGAUCUGCGGGGCAUCGUGUCUCGGCCACGUCUUCUGAGUCAGGUUGCAGAACUUUUAUUCCAAACUGCUCAAAAUGCAGGGAUCAAUUUUGACACAGUCUGUGGAGUACCUUACACAGCUUUGCCAUUGGCUACAGUUAUCUGUUCAACUAACCAAAUUCCAAUGCUCAUUAGAAGAAAAGAAACAAAGGAUUACGGUACUAAGCGUCUUGUAGAAGGGGCUAUUAAUCCAGGAGAAAACUGUUUGAUCAUUGAAGAUGUCAUUACCAGUGGAUCUAGUGUUUUGGAAACUGUUGAGGUUCUUCAGAAGGAGGGCUUGAAAGUCACUGAUGUCAUAGUGCUGCUGGACAGAGAGCAAGGAGGCAAGGAUAAGCUGCAGGCACAUGGGAUUUGCCUCCACUCGGUGUGUACAUUGUCCAAAGUGCUGGAGAUUCUUGAGCAACAGAAAAAAAUUGAUACUGAGAUGGUCGAGAGAGUGAAGAGAUUUAUUCAGGAGAAUGUUUUUACAGCAGAUGAUCGUAAUGGUUCUCUCCCAUCUGUAAAGAAAGCACCCAAAGAACUCAGUUUUGGUGCACGUGCAGAGCUGCCCAGGAUCCACCCAGUUGCAUCGAAGCUUCUCAGGCUUAUGCAAAAGAAGGAGACCAAUCUGUGUCUGUCUGCUGACAUUUCCGAGUCCAGGGAGCUGUUGCAGCUAGCAGAUGCUUUAGGACCCAGCAUCUGCAUGCUCAAGACUCAUGUAGAUAUUUUGAAUGAUUUUACUCUGGAUGUGAUGAAGAAGUUAACAACUCUGGCAAAACACCAUGAAUUCUUAAUAUUUGAAGACCGGAAAUUUGCAGAUAUAGGAAACACAGUAAAAAAGCAAUAUGAAGGUGGUGUCUUUAAAAUAGCUUCCUGGGCAGAUGUAGUAAAUGCCCAUGUGGUGCCAGGCUCGGGAGUUGUGAAAGGCCUGCAGGAAGUCGGCCUGUCUCUGCACCGAGGGUGCCUGCUCAUUGCAGAAAUGAGCUCCGCUGGCUCCUUGGCCACUGGGGACUACACUAAAGCAGCGGUUAGAAUGGCUGAGGAGCAUUCUGAAUUUGUGAUUGGCUUUAUUUCUGGCUCCCGAGUAAGCAUGAAACCAGAAUUUCUUCACUUGACUCCAGGAGUUCAGUUAGAAGCAGGAGGCCUGCUCCUCCCUCCAAAGGUAAUCACUACUGGUGUGACGUGUCUUUAUAGGCCUUUGGCUUUGCAUGUGUUCACAUAUGCACAGAAAGUUUGGAGAGUGUUUUCUGUCUGUGCAGCUUUCUUACAUUUCCACAUCUAGAGUUACCUUUUACCAACUGCACAGUGUUUCCUAGUUAGGAUUGGGCCAUAAUAUGUGUAACCAUUCCCCCGUUGAUGCAUUUGAACUGUUUACCAACAGUGAACAUCCUUGUAUACAUUUUUGUACAUGUAGAGUAUUUCUGGAAUAGUCUUCUAGGCUAGAAACUCCUCAAGGAUGAGUGCUCUUUCUGAAGAUUGCUUAUCCUUCAGCACAGUACCCCUUGCUACAUAAAUAUUCUGUAAAUGCUUAUGCAAAUGUUGAAGGAAUGGACACUAUGCUUUUUAGGAACAGAUGAAAGAGCUAGUAUUUUCUGUAACUGGGAUGAAAGCAAAGGGAACAUAAUGACUGAGGGUAUGGGUAUGAGUGUGGUAAACCUUGGUUUUCUUUUUAAACCCUGAAAUACUAGAACUAGUAGAUACUCAUUAACCUUGAAGGAGCUAAUUAUUUUACGUAAAUAAUUUAACCACACUUUAAAAAAGGGGAGGGUAGUGCCUUUUGGGGGUUUAAUUAAGUACUGUAAACAAAAAACAUUACAGAAAGUUAAUCAGAAAGAAAAUUAAUGAGAACUCAAAUAAAUUAAUGAUAGAUGUACCCCCAAGGUUACAGAAUAUUGGAGGUCUCCAAUUCCCAAGUUUCCCAUUACAGAUUCUGCACAAUAUAGAGUAGGCCUCAGCAGAAUGACUCACCUAUCUAGGGCUUUGUAAUAGUUACCUCAGUACUGAACUUUUGACUUUUUUUAAAACUCCACAUUUAUGCUAAACAUUUUAUGAGUCAGUUUGGAUUUCUGGGCUUUCUAUUUAGUAACCAUGUAUCUUUGGACAUGUCACUUUACUUCUGUCUCAUUUUCUUGAUCUUGUAAAAUGGGGAUAAUAGUGUUAAUCUCAAAUGGUGUUCAGAGCCUUAAGUGAGAUGGUGUGUUUAAAACACUUAACAAAGUCUCUUGACAUGGAGUAAGCACUCUGUGCUUGUCAGCUGCUAAUGUUCAUCAUAGGACCCAGAGUACUUUGAUUAGAUUGUAUAGUUAGGAUGCAGGCUUUGGGGGAUAUUGAAAGCAUCUGUAUAUGAGAGGUAAUACGCCAUUUAACAGAAGGCUCCUAGAAUAACAGAAUUUAAAAAGAAGGAAAAAGUAGGUUUCUGGUUCAAGAUGGUAAUGUGGGAAGUUAGCUCCUCCCAUGGACUAUACCGGGUCUGCAGCUACACGUGGAAUAGUUUCCUCUGGGGCAGAACAGAAACUACAGGCUGCUGAGUGAGGGCUAAGCACCCAGCAGGUCAGAA